AUGAGAAGCGACCAAAGCGAUGAGAAGCGACCACAACGCGAUCAGAAUGACGAAGGUGCUCAAGAAGAGCACGCAGAAGAACAGCAUGAAAAUGAGACUGCGCUUUUGGUGGCGGAUUUGGAGACACAAACGACCCUAACGUCAACACAGCUACUGCAGGCCCCAUUGACAUCGUUGCGUAACGAUAACGAUACCGACGAGAACAACACCGAAGCUACCGUCACAGAGCGCAUGCAACGCGAAAUCAACCGCGCCGCCGCCAUAGAGCGCAUGAACAAUCGUUUUAAUCAAACAGGGCGGUACGUAGAAGCCCUCGAGGAGUCUCCCCUAUCCCCUGAAGAAGUAGGAGCGCAAGACUCUGAAAAAGCAGGAGCGGAUGAAGUUGAACCAAGUGAAGAAACAGGAGCGCAAUAUCUAGAAGAUGAACCAAGUGAAGAAACAGGAGCGCAGUAUCCAGAAGAAGAGGUCACAUUCGUUCCUCCAGAAGAGCAACCCCUGUUCCAUGAUGAAACGGAGGGACAAUUAGAAAAUGAUAGCCUUAACAUUAGCGACUCAUCAUCUUUAGUGUAUGAGCGCGAUGACGUUGCGCUAGCACACGUGGCCAAAGAACGACAGUUACUGUGCAGUGUCCCACGACGAAUCGGACGCUUUGCGCUAGCAAAAUUCCUAGAGAAUGCGUAUCGCGACAACAGGAAGUACUGGUGGCGUUAUGUGCCGGAGAAACUACAAAACACCGCAGAUGUGCACCGUUAUAUGCACCUAAUGUUAGGCAACCAAACAUUCAACGUGCUCCUAAAUCAGAUGACAGCAAAAUCAGGAAUCAAGAAGCAUGGUGAGCUGGCAAUUGCUGCACUAGUUAAAGAGCUUUCGCACAAUCUUCAUGAAAAGGACGUCAUUGAAGGAAGAAUGUUUAACGAAUUGACGCAAGAACAGAGAGAAAAGGCCCUACGGGCAAUAGCAUUAAUUAAAGAAAAGCGUGACGGUCGACUAAAGGGUAGAGUAGUUGCGGACGGUCGCCCCCAGCGGGAAUGGACGGAUCCUGACUCCGUGUAUUCGCCGACUGUCUCCUGCGAAGGGAUGAUACUGUCGCUUGGCAUUGAUGCGCAUGAGAAACGUUUUGUGAGCGUUUGUGACAUCGACGGGGCGUACUUACACGCAUUCAUGGACGAGUUCGUACUUAUGGUUUUCGAAGGAGACCUAGCGGACAUGCUUGUGAAGGCAUGUCCAAUGUACGCGAAAUAUCUCCACGUGACCAAAAGCGGCAAGAAACUCCUCUACGUGCGUUUGAAACGCGCGCUGUACGGGUGCAUUAAAUCUGCCAUGUUGUGGUGGCUCAUGUUGUCGGAGUUUCUCAUCAAAGAUGGAUUCGAAUUGAACCCUUACGAUUCUUGUGUGGCGAACAAGACGCUCUCCUGCGGAACCCAAAUCACUAUUUGCUGGUACGUGGACGACUUAAAGAUUUCGUCGAAGAAUGAACAAGCGGUACACGACAUAAUUAAAAAACUAGAAGAUCGUUUCGGAGAAAUGCGUAAAAGCUUCGGAAAGAAACACACCUAUUUAGGAAUGGAAGUGGAGUUCUGCGAUGAUGGUUCCGUGCGACUUAGUGUCCCGGACCACAUCAAAGAAUGCAUCGAAGAUUUCAGCGAAGACUUAGGGCGCUCUGUGGCAAACCCAGCAAGCAAGAAACUAUUUCACGUGGACCCCGCGGCAGAAAGGCUUCCUGAGCCCAAGCGGAAGCUUCUGCAUUCCCUGGUGCAGAAACUACUAUGGGUCACAAAGCGAUGCAGACCAGACAUUAUGGUCCCAAUCGCCUUUCUGACAGGACGGGUGCAAAAGGCCUCUGUAGAAGAUUGGGAGAAACUCCGAAGGGUUCUCUCAUAUUUAAACAAUACAAUAGACAUGCCUCUAACAAUCAAGAUCAAUGAUUUAACGAUAGUGAAGACAUGGGUCGACGUGGCCUUCGCGGUACACAAAGAUUUCAAGUCUCACACAGGGAUACCCCGCAGUUUGUCCUAG